UCCUUAUGAAUGCUCCCAAAUAAAAAAAAUAUAAUUACCAGUAUUUGAAUGGCGAAGCACCUCAAUCGCUGUUUUAUGCGAUAAAUAGCAAUGUGCUGUACGAAGACGAAAUUGGAGAAUUGGCGCCAAGAUGUUGUCGAUGUACCGAGGUAUUUGACGAAGAGCAGAAAACCAGAACGUUUUGUGAAGGAUGCGAAAGAGCUUUUUGCACCGAAUGUCUGGAUUCAGCUUCUGAAAGCGACCAUCGUUCAAAUGAAGCCUUUGUUUGUAAGAGUUGCAAAAAGAAGUCUGACGAAAAUGACGACCUCUCAGUCUCUUGCACUUCAGCUACCACUGAUUCUACAUACUCGAGUUCUACUCGAGCGGAUGAUCACGAAGGGAGUAACUGCUGCGGAAUAA